UCGUGCGUGUUCCUCUAUCUUCCUCCUUGGAUGGAUUUCGAUGGAUCUUCGUCCUUAUCGGGACGAAGUGUCACGGUCUGCUGAAACUCGUUCGUUUGCGCGAUCAUUACCGACGUGUAAGUAACGUGCCAUUGAUCGGCUAGAGUUAAGAAUUAGCGCGGCUGCAGGGACUAGUGAUAACCUCGGCGGUCGCGUUGACUUGUCACGCUCCAGUGUCGAGGUCGGCGACAUCGGCGACGCGAACGGGACGGAAGCCCCGCGGCAUGUAACCGGACUCGGAGCACGCUCGCGUUAAUUCUUCUUGAUGCACCGCGCGUGGCUGAGUGACUGCUCCACGUUAAACCUGUGUGAUGAUCUCCGUGACGGUGAGCGAGUCGCAGUCGAAGCCGAGACUCCAAGGCGUCGCGGGUAAAGUCGUCCCAGUUUGUUGACGAAGGCGAGAGGAGAAAAUGACGGAAAGCUUGAUUAAUGAGUGGCUGGCGGACUGCAAGGAUGUCGCACCAUCGGAGCUGCACAUGUUUGCCAGAACGCUCUCACAGGACAAUGAGAUCGUGCGGGCGCUCUACAUGCUCCUGGAGGAGCGCACCAAGUAUAGCGAGUUAAUGGAUGAAGUGUGUAACCAGUUGUACAACUUUUAUCGAUCCCGAGAAAUAGAGUUACAAAGAUUUACCCUACAAUUUUUACCGACGCUAAUAUAUAUUUAUUUAAAUUCUGCUGCACAUGGUGAUAUUAAGAAUUGUCGCUCCCUUGAAACUCUGUUAAUUGGAUUAUAUAAUCUAGAAGUGGUCGAUAAAUCAGGACAACAAAAAGCGAUCUCAUUUAGAUUACCAUCUCUUGCUAUGCUAUCCAUAUAUCAUGAACCUGCGAGUUUAGCACCAGCCUCACUAACAGAAAGCGCCGUACGUCGUUUUGAAGAGUGUAACUCAAAACUUGUGAGUUGGGGUCCGUUGCAACAAGUAGAAACAUUAAAUGCACAAAAUAGAUUGAAAGUUAUGACAGCCUUACUUUUUAUCUAUAAUCAACAACUUGGAUAUAUAAAUAAAUUUGCUUUAGAACAAUUGUGCAAGGUUGCAACAAAACUUGUUACUCAAGGAUUUAUGAAACCAGGACAUCAUCAACGUUCCUCAUAUGGCAGUGAGUCUAGCUUUGUUCCAAGGCUUUUACCACGUAUACCAGUAUCCAGCCAAUUUCUCUUGGAAUUCUUGCAUGCUGUAUAUUUUGCCAUGUAUAACGAUUGUUGGUAUGUAGGAACUCAAGCUAUAGAAGAUGUUCAUAACAGAGCAUGUUAUGAAGCAUAUCCAAAUGUAAUGUUAGUUACCAACGCUAUACGCAAUUCUGCCAGUUCUGGAGCACCAGGUCAACCAAGCGAUGGACCAAUUGGAAUUAGUGUUGCGUUGUCCCCAGCAACUACUACACCAACUAUUUCGAAGUCUAUGAUCACAAAUGCUUCCUUCCGUACUAAGAAAUUACCAGACGAUCUGGAUGAGAAGUUAUUUGCGGUCGAAUUGAGCAAUUGUCAAGCCGAGAAACAACAGCGACCGGCAGUAUCAAGCAGCCACAAACGUCGUCCAUGGCAUUGGAAGCAUGCACUUCCAAAUUCGGUCGAUAAAAAGGAUACAGGCGCAGCGAAGGCGCAGUCUUCCUCCUCAUUGGAAAGUUCUAGACGUGGAAGUAUAUGCAGCAACAGCCAAAGCUCACCGAUAAAGUCCUCACCUAAAAAGAGCAAAGAUCAGCAAUCAAAGAAAACAGCUAUCGACAAUAAGGAUGAUAUUAGUCAGAAAACUAGAAAAGAGAGUAACGUAAUGUGCGACUCCACUUUUUCCGAUGAUAGAUUGGCAGCUAAUGCGCAUCUAUAUAGCUUGUUAGAGGAACAGGCUCUGGGAGAAAUCAUUCGUGAAUCGGUGGAAAAUGUAUAUACAGAAGGCAACAGUAGAUUAAUACAUUAUUGUGCCACUGCUGCACUGCCGUCAAACACAUGGUAUUAUCACUCCAGUUACAACACUGUAGGAUGGCAUGACAUACCAAUACAAGUUAUAAAAGAUGAUACUACUGGAGAGGGUAAAGGUAACCUGGUGUCAAUCAUGGAGGAAUCCGAAUCAACAGAGCCGAACCGUAUUGGUUCUAUGAGACAAUCAAAGGAUCAAAAGACUGCUUCGAAGAUCACGAAUUUCCCCGUACUCGGAAAAAAACCUAAAGAGAAAGAAGGGAAAGUAGCAAAAAAUACUCACGUCGCAUCCGAGAAGGAGAAGAAGCUCGGCUCUCAAGCGACGUCGAAGGAGAGUAUUAAAGGGAGUUUAUCAAUGUUAAAUAGUGAACAGCAAGCAGAAAUCGACGCAAAUGUUAAUGGAUGUGCGAUUCGAAAGAAAAAUAAUGUAGAAAAUAAUGCAAUCAUAAUAGAUCCAAAUGUAGCGUUGAUCGACGGCGAGAGACUGGCGUUAAGUAGAGAGACUGACGUUACUGAUGGUAGUAAUAUAGAAAAUUCUAUUAAUUUAAGAGCACACAAUGAAACAGAGUCCAUUGGUUCUUCUAUUCAAAUCAGCUCUGUUUAA